AUGUACCGCUCAACCAAAGGCGCGUCCAAGGCUCGCCGGGAUCAAAUCAACGCCGAGAUCCGGAACUUGAAAGACCUGUUACCCAUCGCGGACUCCGAUAAAGCGCGUCUUUCAUAUCUACACAUCAUGUCACUGGCUUGCAUGUACACGAGGAAGUCCGUCUUCUUCACUCAAGAGGUGGGGAGUUCUAGUCUGGAAGAGUCUGCAGGAUUUCUGUCUUUUCACGAGCUAUCUGAGUUAAUGCAGGCGGUGCCAGGCUUUCUCAUGCUACUGACUGGAGAAGGCAAGCUCCUAUACCUGUCUGACAGUGUCUCAGAGCAUCUGGGGCAUUCCAUGGUUGAUCUAGUGGCACAAGGGGAUAGUGUGUAUGAUAUAAUUGAUGCAUCGGACCAUUUCAUUAUGAGGACCAGUCUAUCAGCUUCUUCAUCACUGGAGACGGAUCGUCUCCUGCGCUGCCGUUUCAACACAUCUAAAUCAGUCCGGAGGCAGAGUGCUGGAAAUAAACUGGUUCUGAUACGAGCUCGCUGCCUUUCUCCUCCAUCCUCCUCGUCGACAGCUGGGUCCUACUGGGCAUCUAACCCUGUGUGGGUGUGUUUUUGUUCUCCUCUGGAGCCCCACCCAAGUCGCUCUGGACCAGGCACUGAGAGAGAGGCUCCCACCACCACAGGGGCUCCUCUGGCUGAAGCCAACCUGUUUCUGCCUUGUUUCUACUCACAGCAUGGCCGGGACAUGAGGCUGUAUUCUGCACAGGAAAAUGUGAGCUUCUAUCUAGGCUUUGAUGUGACAGUGCUGCGAUCCCGCUCCUGGUACAGCCUCCUCCACCCACAGGACCUGUCACAUGCCUCGGCACAACACCGAAGCUUGUUGAGGGAAGGCGGAGAGGGCCGAGCAGAGAUGGUGGUCCGUGUUCAAGCUCAAGACCUGACGUGGGUCUGGCUUUACAUGGUACUACAGCUACAGCCUGGUGAGGUGCCAGUCACUAGCAACAAUUACAUCAUCAGUGACUCUGAGGCCUGGGCAGUUCGUCAGCAACUCAGCUCAGAGCAGACCCAACUCAACAUUGUACUAAGUGCUGGGACAACCCAACAGGAGGGUCUCAGCCUUCAGUCCCCUGAGACCCUGUCCAGUCCUGACCAAGUGUUCACCCCAGGGAGCAGCGGCCUGUCAGGCCAGUCGUUUGACUUUAGCACUGCCGGCUGCAGUGUAGCUUCUUCUGACGAGCCAAGCAGCUCUGCCACAGAGACCAUUCAGCUGGAGGGAGACCCCCGCUCCAGUCUCUCUUCCCUGGAGGAGGAGAGCAUCUUCCAACAGCAUCCUUCUGUCCGAGAUGAGACCCGGUCUGCCACAUCCUCCCCCACACCGGUCACCGUGGAAACAGUGGCAGACUUAGACUUUCUUACACAAAAUAUUCUCCUGCCACCCUCUUUCCAGCUCGACCCACCGCUGCCCUCUCUACCCCUCCCCCUCCCCCCUGUGCCCACCUCACAGGCUCAGACCAAAGAGUUUGUGUGCACCCCUCCCUACACACCCCAGGUUAGUGGGGCUGCUUUCCCAUUCGGUGAGCCUCUGUUCAGUUUUGACCCCACAGGUACCACUACACCCCCUCCCAGCGCCACAACCACUACUACAACCACCUCCACUGCCCCCCCUGCCCCUCCCACCACCACAUCCAGCCCUGUGCCCCCAUCAACUUUGUCUGCUAAACUGCCCCUGGCCUUGCCCACUCCCUCUACAGACCUGCUUUUCCCAAUAGAGCCUUGCAGUGGUUCUCUUUACGAAAAACUUCCCCCUACUCCUGACAGCCCAGGAGAUGGUGACUGUACAGUGAUGACGCUGCCUGAGGUUAGGGGUCCCCUUUAUGUAGAUGUUCCUCUGGGACCCCUUCAGUGCCCCCCUGAGGGCCUGCUUACACCGGAGGCCUCCCCUGGCAAACAGCCAUGUCUCUCAUUCUUCUCAGUAGAGCGAGAGAAGGAGCAUGCUGAAAUCUCUCUUCUUGCCCAACACAUCAGCUCAUUGGCAGAGGGGUUCUACAUGGAUCCUCUAUUGUCCAAAAUGUCUCCGUCUUCAUGUCCACCCUCUCCAUUUAUGUCCCCCAUGGUUGAAGCCACUGAUGUAGACCCGGUUCAUGUGCUUCGAGAGUUCUAUCCCAUUAAGGCCUGGCGGGGGCUGGACAUUCCUAUGUUUCUCGAUGAGGACAACUCUCUUUUUGAAGAGAAUAUUCUUGAAACCCUCCUCCAAGAUGACUUUGCUUCUCUUCAGUCUCCUUCACCUCCAGUUCUACCAACACAGUCUGAUCCCACAUCUCCUCAGACCCCCGUGUGCUGGCACCAACCCUCCCAGUUUGAGGGAGUGGGCCACAUGUGUAGCGUCCAAUCGGCGCAUUGUAACUCCAUGGCUGGCUGUGGGGCGAGUGCGACUACGGAGUGCGGGGUCCAUGCUGAAGGGGAGGGGCUAGCAGAGGAACCCAUGGAGAUUGAGGUGGUUUCAUCUCCUGUGUCGUCCUGCUCCUCCAUCCCAGCUUCCCCUCCCCUGAUCCUCACGGCGUCGCCUGGUCCAGUGUCCUCACCUGUCGCCUCGCCGCCACCUGCCAUGACCUGCACUCAGUCCCUCCUCGAGGAACUGGCUGUCCUGGAACCCAUGUUUGGGGCAGGUGCCUCGAUCACCCCUGGAUUGGGGCAACAACCUGAGUUGUAUCAACUCCAAUGUCAUCCAUCCUCACAGUGCUUCCACAAAGAUGGGAGUGGAAGUUCCUCCGUUCUAAAAUAA